AUGGCGGAGCAGGCGCGGGUACAAGAAGGGCGAGCGGGAGCGGCGCGGCCCGGGCGGGGCCGGAGCGAUGCCGGGGCAGUGCCAAGCGGUGCCGGUGUUAUGGCGGAGGGGCGGAGUGCCGAUCCCGGUGCCGGUGUUAUGGCGGAGGGGCGGAGUGCCGAUCCCGGUGCCGGUUCCAUGGCGGGGAGGGUGCUGGAGCUGAAGGAGCGGCUGGGCUGCGCCCGGGAGCCCGCGGAGAUCAUAACAACACUUAAGGUACUACAGGAUUUGGAUUUAUCACUGGAUAUUCUAGUGGAAACUGGCAUAGGCAAAACAGUUAACAGUUUGAGGAAAUAUGUCACUGCUGGGAAUAUAGCUAAAACUCUGGUAAAACAAUGGAAAAAGCUUGUUUCCACAGAAAAUAAAAGUGGUCAUGGAGGAAAAAAAUAUACUGAAAAAGAAAAAUGUGAGACAAAAUCUUCUGUUUCCAAGGAGAUUAAGCCUUCAAAGAAGUCCAGAGCACCUGUACAGGCCUUUAGAAGUCCCAACAGUGCUCCCAUUUCUAAAACAUUGAAUAAGGAGCAUAUUUGUAGUGAAAAGACCCAUCAAAGUACAGAUUCUGAGUGUCCAAAAGAAUGUGAUAAUGAAGAAUGUAGCAGCAGUGGUUCUAAGCACGCUUCCUGGGGUACCAAUUCUCAGGCUAAAGACAGUGAGUUCAAAGGGAGCAACUCCACAGAGAGCAAGAAAGUUUCAGAAAAGCAGCAUUUCUCUGCAGCCGAUAAAGGCUUAUCACCUCUGGGGGAAAAGUCUAGUAAGGAUACUUCUGAACAGAGAAGUCCUAAACGUGUGAAGAAAGCAAAACAAAAACUUGUCAUAAAAAGCAAAGCCAAAUUAUCUAGUGAUGAGGAAUUUGAGCCCCCUACUAUGUCUUUUGAAUCCUAUCUUAAUUAUGAUCAAGUUACUAAUAAAAGAAAGAGGAAGGCUGGGGCUACGGGUGCACGGCCAAAGAAAUGCAGUGAACAGAAGAACAGGUCAUUACCACAAAAGACCUCAAAACUUUCUCAUGCAGAAGAAGGAGUGGAAGACUUUAAAAAAUGUGAGAGUGAUCAAUCAGAAACUCCCAGUAAAAAGGCUAAGAUGGCAUCCCUCCAGGAGCUUCUUAAUACUCCACUACCUAAAUUUCUGACAGGCAUCUCAAACUCAUAUGCUGCAGACUUUACAGCUUCUGUAGCACCUGUUGUGGAAGCACCUCAGCAAGUCAGUGAGACGGUUCAAUUCCCAGGAAGGAGAGUGAACUCUAAAAUGCAAGUUUACUCUGGCUCUAAAACGGUCUGUCUUUCAAAGAUGCUUACACUGUAUGAACAGUGCAUCCGUGUGCUUCAGAAUAAUAUUGAUUUGCUACAAGAAGUAGGAGGUGUGCCCUUUGAAAUUCUUGAACCUGUGCUAACACGUUGCACACCAGAGCAGUUGUUUCGAAUAGAGGAAUGCAAUUUGAUGUUUAUAAAGGACUCUGACCACUUGUGGAAGAAACACUGCCAGAGAGACUUUAAAAAUGAGAGCCUCUUGGAAUAUGAGUCUUGGCGUGAAAUGUACUUGAGACUGUUUAAUCAGAGAGAAGAAAAACUGAAGAUGCUUACAAAAAAUAUUCUUUCAGCUCAGUCUGAGAAACCAAAAGGUAGACAAGUAAAAAUGGCUUAUAUGAGCAGUGCAGCAAAACCACCCAGGGACAUUCGCCGACAGCAAGAAAUCCAUGGGACAGCAGGACCUGUCACCCCAUUUCAUCCCAUACAGAAAACAAGGAUUCCAGAAAGCAGAGACAGAAAUAACACAUUAUCAAAUCUGAUUCCUGCUGGCAACACUGGAAGUUCCAGCUCAGGUGUCAUGAUUCAAGAUGGAAAGAAGCCAAUCAAAAAAAUUGGACCAAUCAUGAAGAAAACUUUGAAAGUAUUGAAGAGUAGACCUGGACGGCGAUAAAAUGAAGCUGCGUAUUUGAUGCUUACGUGAUGUGACUGUUUGUGUAUCAUGCUACAGCAAAUGAAUAAAAUGUUCAUGUAAACAAUGUUCAAUGUGCCCUAGAUAAGAGUUAUGAAACAUUGCAAAGGCAAGUGAUUAGCAAUAAAAAUUGAAACA